AUGUCCUACGAAGAAGAACGUACCCCACUAUUGGGUCCAUACUCCGGUCCUUCUUCCAAGAUCCUGAAAGAGACUCAAGUGUACCCUCUGAUACAUUUAAUCAGAGUUGAUAUCUCUGCUCAUAUCGAUACACCGUUGACAUAUGAUCAAUUGUUAGCUCCAGAUUCUACCUAUACCAUUGUCCGACCAUUGACAGAUAAAUAUCUAGAACUCCAAAAUUCAGCCAUAGUCUUUUGCCUUCUACUGAACAAAGUUCAAUUCGAACAUGAUUCCACUCAAUUAUCUAUCGCUACCCUUUCUUUAUCCCGUGCAACACUAUGUGAAAUCCUAGCCAUCCGUGUUCUCCGCGGAUGGUCAGAGAGGAGUUUACCUCUGGCAACCGUUUUGUUAACUCCCUGGGCUAUGUUUCAAGGGGCUUCGGAAGAGGUGAUACAACAUGCUAAAGAGGAAGGGGAUGAUGAGUUGCUUACGCAAGGAGGGACAGCUUUGGAGAUGGCAAUCAUAUCCUCUUCAAAGAGGUUCAUUCGUUCUCCUUCUUGUCAAAAAGUCAUAGAGGGUAUCUGGUCAGGAAAGAUCAUUUAUUCAGCUAUGAAUACACAUGCUCUCAUCGCGGAUAAUUAUAAGAGAAAACCUAUACAGAUGUAUAAUCCUCAUAGAGCCCCUCUGCUUGAUCAUUAUCGACUGAAAGUACCACGAAUCCGGUCGAUCUUGGAAUACGUCAACUUCUUGAUACUGUUCAUCACAUAUGUCAUCGCUCUCGAAGGACUGGCCGAGGACCACCUGAAUUGGCGAGAGGUAAUCUUCAUCGUCUACGCAUUGUCAUUCUCGUUGGACAAGCUCGCCGCUGUUCGGGAGCAUGGUUUGAGAGUAUUUAGCAGCUCCCUGGUGAAUGGCUUCGACCUCCUUUUCAUGCUCAUAUACGCCGUGUACCUCAGUGCCCGCGCAUAUGGCUUCCACUACCACAGCGCCGACGCCUUGUCGCUCGGAGCCGAUUGGCUAGCCAUUGGCUCUGUGCUCAUCUUCCCUCGACUAGCCUUCGUCACGCUCGCCAAUAACCUUAUGAUACUCAGAUUUCUGUACGCCCUGUAUACCCUCGGACAGGGCAAAUUCCCUCUAUCUCAGAUUGGCUGGUGGUUGCUUGAAGUUUACUUCGGUCUCGAUGCUUCUGGAUUCGAAUCUGCUCACAUCUUCCACCCAUUCCUCGGACCUUUACUCAUGGUCGCCUAUGCCUUGCUGUCGAACACUUUACUACUUACCGUACUCGUGGCCAUCCUCGGGAACACGUUUGCUACCAUCAGUGCUGAUGCUGCGGCAGAGUCCAUGUUUCGCAAAGCCGUGUCCACCAUUGAAGGCGUCAAAGCAGAUGCUGUCUUCAGCUACCAACUACCUUUCAAUCUCGUCGCCGUGGUGUUCAUGUGGCCCAUGAGUUAUAUCCUCAAUCCCAGAUGGUUUCACAAAGUCAAUGUGUUCAUGAUCCGCGCCUCCAACUUUCCGGUCCUGCUCAUCAUUGGUCUAUACGAGCGACAACGGUAUAGAGACACUACCAUGAUGGAACAGAUCAGCGACUUUGCCGAGCGCUACGUGGGGAGUUUACCACGGCGACUAAAAUCCGCAGCCGGGUUUGACAAUUUCGGAUCACAUCGCGAUAUUGGCGCCGUGUUUGAGAUCGAACGAGAAGUCGGUUCAUUCUACAAAGGGUGGGAUGAUGAUGCUAUCGAUGAUGAAGUUCAAUUACCCGAACCUGCUGAGAAUGAACCGACUGAUGAGGAACGCCCUCUUUCACCUUCCCAAGCAGAUGGAGACGUGUCUUCUCGAGCUCAUGGUACCCCACUUUUCACUUCGUUAUCGGAUCCGAUGACUGCGUCUCCAUCCAAGCUCGAGCACCACAUUCACGGUCGACAACGACGACAAUCGAUGCCGCCACAGCCUAGUCCCGGAGCCGGUGUCCCAUUUCCAGGUUACCGACCCAGACGGAAUAGCUCGAUCCAUGAACCAUCCCCCCUGGCUCGGUUGUUUGUCAGGGACGGAGAGGAAGGGGAGAGAAAAAGACGCCGAUCAAGUUUGAUCAACGGUAUGUCAAUGUCAAACAGCGGAUUGUCAAAUUUGCUUUCACCGCCUAAAGGGAAGUUUAGGGGUCAUCGAAAGUCUGAAUCGCAAGAUACCAGACGAUGGAGCAAACCUGCGGUCGAGCCGAUAGAAGAGGGGAAAAAAGUUUCUUUUCAUGAGAGUGGGGGAGAACAGGAAGGUGAUUCUUCACAUCGAUCGUCUGGGAAUAUGUUCAAGGAGGAAGGCGAGGUGGGGAAAGGUGAUCAGACGGAUGAAACGGAGGCAGAAGGUCGCGCGCCAAGAGUGGGGACAGCGUCAGAAGUAGAGGAAAGUGUUAUGGAACGUCCUGAGGUCGAGGUUGGUGCAGUGGUCGGUAUAAGGGAGAGGUUGAACCAGAUGGAUCAACGUCAAAGACGGAUGGAAGAAAUGUUGGAGAGGUUGUUACGGCGGCAGUAAUACGAUACUUACUGGUAACCCACUCUGUUCCAAGCAUGCAAAGUAGGUUGCUCG